AUGGGCCUACAAGAAAAAGAAUCUAAUGAAGGGGUUAAGCAAACCUUGAUAGAAAACAAAGAUUUAGAUGCAAGUCAACCUCAGAUAAAAAAUCAAGGAGAAAGUCAGUCAUUAACAUCUAUAAAACCAGAAAUGUCCAGAAAUUCCAUUAGCAGCAUUAAAAAUAGUAAUCCACCACAGACUAAAUCUAUAAUGAAUGCUAGUGGUACUUCUGGUGCUGUUGUAAGUAAUACGCCUGAACCAGGUUUAAAAAGAAUACCUACAGUUACAUUUAGUGAACCAAAGUCGGGUAUUGCUUUGAAAAUUUCUACUUCAUCUCAAACAAACCUUUCUAAAAUACUAUCACCUUCGCAGCAGUCUAUUACACCCCCUACAAAUAAAAAUAUAUCUACUACAAUUUCACAGCAGCAGCAACAACAACAAAAAUUAAUCAUAACAUCUAUAGAUCCGUUACAGAAAGAAAAUUUUACAUCAGAAAGUAUAAAUAGUCAAGUGACUCCUAAUUCCAGUACUAAAGACUCUGUACAUAAUGAAACAACUCUUCAUUCAGAAAGUUCACAGAUUUCAAAUUCAACUAUUAAAUUAUCUAUAAAUGAAAUUUUAAAGGAAACAAACGAUAGUAAAAACCCUAAGAUUCAAGAUGAACAUUUACAUUUCCUCGUUGAUGAUUCUUUGCAUACACCAGCCUCUUUAAAAUCGCCUGGAAGUAGUAAUAGCAACAGUCCAAGAAAUUCUAUAUCUAACAGCACAAAACCUUUGGAAUCUGUAUUAGAAGAAGAAGAUUCCUUCUCUUAUAAUAUCAAGAGUAAAGAUGAUGAAAAUAAAGACGCAUCUAUUAAUAAACCAUUAGUAACCUCACAAAAUAACCAGUCAGUGGAUGUAAAUAAUGGAGCUACGGUCCUUGUUAAAAAUGAUGGAAAUCCAAUAAUUAAUGCUAGUAAUUUAAGUGAAAAUGAUCUUGCAACAAGACAAAGGUCACCAUCCUUCGUAGAACCCAAACAAUUUAUUGCACCGAACAUACCAAAAAGAGACAGUGGUAAGAAUAUUGAUCCGCGACUACCACAAGAUGAUGGUAAAUUACAUGUUUUAUUUGGUGGUACAGGUUCUUUGUCAAUAUUCAAGAUCAAACCCAUGAUAAAGAAAUUAGAAGAAAUAUAUGGUCGGGAUAGGAUUUCAAUUCAAGUUGUAUUAACUGAAUCUGCAUCAAGUUUUUUAACUAAACGAUACAUGAAAAAAAUCAAUAGUAGAACUCCACAAACAAGUAUUAACACUAAUACUUCCACACCAAAGACACCUACUGUGGGUGAUGAACUUUCUACUCCAACUAAUAGUUUUGUUCAAAAGAUAGGUUCAGAUGUAUCAUUAAUUACAAAUUUAGUCACAUCAGCACAACAAAGGAUUGCUAGUACGACAAGUAUUUCUCGUGGUGACGGUAGUACAAACAUGACAGAAAUGGUGGGCACCUCUAAUGUUGAUACUGGUGCCACCACGAGUAUCUCUAGUACGUUUACUUCUGCUACUGUGGCUUCUUCUACUAAUUCAGCUUCUACCACCACUGCUAUACCUAGCGUGACAAACAAUACAAGUGGAACUAACAGUCCUGUUGUAUCUACACAAGCACAACCACAAUUGAAUAGUAUUUCUCCUCAAUUUGAAUUGCCACCACAUAUACAAGUCUGGAGAGAUCAAGAUGAAUGGGAUGCAUGGAAACAAAGAACUGAUCCAGUAUUACAUAUUGAAUUACGUCGUUGGGCUGAUAUUCUUGUAGUUGCACCAUUAACAGCCAACACGUUAUCGAAGAUUGCAUUAGGCCUAUGUGAUAAUUUACUGACUAGUAUAAUAAGGGCCUGGAAUCCAAUGUUUCCGAUUUUCUUGGCACCAUCUAUGGUUAGUUCUACGUUUAAUUCAGUGAUGACCAAGAAACAGUUGAAUAUUAUUAAGGAUGAGAUGCCAUGGAUUACUGUAUUUAAACCAAGUGAGAAAGUUAUGAGUAUUAAUGGUGAUAUUGGGCUUGGUGGCAUGAUGGAUCCAAACGAGAUUGUGGAUAAGAUUGUUAUGAAACUUGGUGGUUAUCCUAAAGAAGAUGAAAAUGAAGAAGAUGAAAAUGAAGAAGAUGAGGAUGAAGAGGAUGAAGAUGAAGAAGAUGACAUAGAAGAAGAGGAUGAUGAUGUUAAUAAUGACAAAAAGGCAGCAGAUGAUGACGAUGAUGAUGACGAUGAUGAUGACGAUGAUGAUGACGAUGACGAUGACGAUGACGAUGACGAUGACGAUGAUGACGAUGACGAUGGUGGUGAUAAAAACGAACAAGAAAUCCAAGAAAGCACCAGUAAUAAUAAUAAUAAUAAUAAUAAAUGUUAUGUUUCUAUGGGUUCUACAAAUGAAAAUCAAGCUAGUAGGAUGUUGUAA